CUUCACUCUCCGCCGUUACAGAACUCACCAGUUCCCCAAUAGCGCGCACACUGCUCCCUCAACUUCAGCAUACUCUCUCCGUCGCGCCGCCGAGGGAAACUGAGGGCCGGCGACGGAUCUAUUGAUCGCUCUUCUCAGUUGUUUCGACGGGCGCCAUUGCGUUCAUUCCUCUUCAGUCUCGGCAUUUGGUGAGGCGCGGGGUCUUUAUCUCUUGUGUUGAGAUCUGGUAGUCUGAUCUAAUCCUGCGAGAGGAUCCGUUGUGAACCAACAGUUUUGGUGACCAGGGAAUGCAGGUUGCUAUUUUUAAUUCGAGUUGUUCGAAGUGAAGCAUGAUGGGGGGCUCAAGGUUUCCUUCACAUCAACUCAGCAAUGGCCUCUAUGUUUCGGGGCGGCCAGAGCAGCCAAAGGAGAAAGCUCCAACCAUGUUUUCCGCAGCCAUGCCAUACACUGGUGGAGAUAUCAAGAAAUCUGGAGAACUUGGAAAGAUGUUUGAAGUCCCUUUUGAAAACACAAGAUCCAGGAAAUCUGGACCUGUCACUAAUGCUCCCUCAAGGACUGGUUCAUUUGGAGUUUCAGGCUCCACAGCCUCAUUAAUUACUGGAGGUUCAGGUAGGCAGAAUUCACACUCUGGACCUCUUAACAGGCCGGGAGAGUCCGUGAAAAGGUUCUCCGGCCCUCAAACUGGAGGAGUUGCGCCUCCAUCUCGCCAAAAUUCUGGCCCACUUCCCCCUGUGCUUCCAACAACUGGGCUCAUCACAUCUGGCCCUAUAUCCUCAGGGCCACUGAAUUCUUCCGGUGCUCCCAGGAAAGUCUCAGGUCCUUUGGAUCCCGCAGUAGCAGCAAAGCUGCAGAGAACAUCCAUGGCAAAUAACCAAGCUGUAACAAAGCUUGAUCAGGAGGACAACUAUCCAUUCAAGAAAGGUUUUCCCAAGGCCGUCUUGGCAUUGGUGAUUCUUCUAUUUGUGAUGGGGUUCAUUGCUGGUGGGUUUAUUCUUGGAGCUGUUCACAAUGCCAUUCUUCUGGUUGUUGUUGUGGUUAUCUUCACUGUCGUGGCGGCACUUCUCGUUUGGAAUCGUUAUUGGGGAAGGAGAGCCAUUGUGGGGUUCAUUGCUCAAUAUCCUGAUGCAGAGCUUAGGACGGCAAAAGAUGGUCAGUUUGUCAAGGUCUCUGGGGUUGUUACUUGUGGCAAUGUCCCUCUUGAGUCGUUAUUUCAGAAGGUUCCUAGAUGCAUAUACACAUCUACAAGUCUAUUUGAAUAUAGAGGGUGGGAUUCAAAGGCUGCUCAUUCUCAGCAUCGCCGUUUUACCUGGGGUUUACGAUCCGCAGAGAGACAUGUUGUAGACUUCUAUAUCUCUGAUUUCCAGUCUGGAUUAAGAGCACUGGUCAAGGCAGGUUAUGGCGCAACUGUGACACCAUAUGUUGAUGAGUCAGUGGUGGUGGAAGUGGACACUAUCAACAACAAGGAAAUAUCACCUGAAUUUCUUAGGUGGUUGAGAGAGAGGAACCUCUCUAGUGACGGUCGUGUGAUGCGUCUGAAAGAAGGGUACAUUAAGGAGGGUAGCACUGUGAGUGUGAUGGGGGUUGUGCGAAGAAAUGAUAAUGUUUUAAUGAUCGUUCCUCCAACAGAGCCGCUGUCCACAGGUUGCCAGUGGAAGAGAUGCAUACAACCAGCGAGCAUUGAAGGCAUUGUUCUUAGAUGUGAGGACACUUCAAAUAUAAAUGUUGUUCCAGUUUAA